CUGUUGAACCUACUUCCGGAUUGAAACCGUUAUUCAGUUGGUGUAUGUGUCUUUAAUUGAAGAAGUCUCUACCCUUUUUAUACAGGAAAACAAAAGUAGCAGAACUUUUGCCAAGAUGGCGUCCCUUUUAGGUAGUGAUUAUAUGGAAGAGUUAAACUGUCCAGUUUGUUUGGAACCGUUUGAUGUUCCAGUGAUGUUGGAGUGUGGCCAUAAUUUCUGCAAGACCUGUAUUAAUAGGGUUUGGGAUAGCACUGACAACCUAUAUUGCCCAGAGUGUAGACAGCAGUUUUCGGCCAGAAAGUACUCCGUAAAUUUAUUUCUGGCUAAUCAGGUGGAAAGAGUCCACGCGCAGAUCAAGAAGCGAGAUAACGAGACAGUUUCUGGGGAGAAAGAAAAGACGCAGAAUUCGGGUCCAAAGCAAAAACACACCGCUCAGGACUGUGGCUUGCAUACCGAGAAGUUGAAAUUGUUUUGUGCAGUUGAUGAAACCCUGCUGUGUGCUCUUUGUGUCCCUAAUCACUGUGGUCAUCGUUUCAUACAUGUGGAGGAGGCAGCUAACGUUUAUCAGGAGAAGGUGAUGGAAGCCUUGUUGUCUUUGGAAUGUCAUCAGAAAUCACUCCUGAAGCUGGAGAAGACACAGCAGCAGGAAAUCUCCAACAUUAAACAAAGCGCUCAAAGUUUAGAACAGCACUUAAGGUCAGAGUUUGACAAACUGCGUAAACUUGUUCUUGAGAAGGAACAACAUUUGAUCUGUCAGCUUAGACAGGAGAAGGCCGAAAUUCUAAAGAAGAUGGAAGAAAACAUUAGGAGAAUUACUGACACCAGCAGCAACAUUCAAGGUCAAAUAUCUGCUUUUCAGUCAAUGGUGGGAGAAAAGGAUAACCUGCUCUUUCUAUCACAAAUCAAGCCCGAGAAUGAAAGGUAUUCAGAAAUACUGAAGGGAGUACAUGUUACACUGGUGAAUCUUAAACUGCGAGAGGAGGUAUAUAGGGACCCAGCACUGCUGCACAAUAUUUGGAAGGAAGUGGAAGCAGUUAUCAAACCCAACACUCAGCUUGGAAUGGCUGCGUUUGGAGGUUUUAAAUUUGGAUCAUCUGGAUCUUCAAAUGCAGAUUUUUUGGGGUCUACUCUGCCAGCAAGUGCAUCUUCAUUUUGGGGUUUUACUGUGCCAUCAAAUGCAGCUUCAUUUUUUGGGUCUGCUCCGCCAGCAAAUGCAGCUCCACUUUUUGGGACUUCUCAGUCAGCAAAUGCAGCUUCACUUUUUGGGUUUUCUCAGUCAACAAAUCCACCUUCACUUUUUGGGUCUGCGCUGCCAACAAAAAAGCCUCCAUUUCCUAAGAUGUCUUAGUCUUCAGUGCAUUCAUCAUUCAAAAGCAUGGCAAACAAGACACUAGAAAAAAAUCACCUCCCUUUUUGGCAAUUCUUAGAAAAGUCAAAGGAGAGUAUGAAAAAUUGAGCAAAAAACUUGGUGAUACUGUGAUAUUUCCUAUUUCAGUGCACUUGGCAAAUAUGACAUGUAAGAAGAAGAAGAAAUUUACACUGGAUGAAGGAUGUUGGUGGAUACCAGGAAGUUAACUUUGUUAUUGACAGCUUUAUAUUAACAUUUACAUUUUUUCUUGGGUGAUAAAAGGUGAACAUAAUUUUAUGAUGUAGGAAAAUCUUUUCUCAGUAGAAGGGAGCACUAAAUGCCACAGCCUCUUGACACAUUAAACUGUACUAAAACUUUC